UACAAAUGGAAGUGUGGGUAGAAUCUAUGGAAAGACGCAUGUUCACGCGUAACGAGGCCAAACAAAAUUAAACACGUUACCAUCAAAGUAGCACAAACAUCCAGAGAGAGGGGAAAGGCAGAUUCCGUUGAAUGGAGCUGUUCCCAGCAACAAAUAAAGCCGCUGCACAGCCACAGCAAGAGAAAAUGACAGUUAUGUAAGAGAUUAACCGUGUGGCUGAAGGUGGAGAUGUUUGGAGCGCACAGGCUGCUUCGCUGGAAUUAGUGCCUGUGCACCAUCAUGUGGCUGCUGGCUGAAGGCUGAACGCUGCGACCGAGCCUCCGCCUGUCUCACCGGAGAACCGGGCUCCAUGUCAACAUGCCAACGUUUUCAGUCAUGUACAAAGGAGCGGUGAUCAUCAGCAGGACACUAAUGGGUCCAUACGGAGUUGACCGGGCUGUUCAUUCCAUGGAGUUUACAGACUGUGAGAAUGGCCUAGGAAUUAAAGUGAUAGGUGGAGUGAAGGAGCUAACAGGAGAGGAGUUUGGAGUCUACGUCAAACGGAUUUUACCAGGUGGCCUUGCUUCAACUGAUGGAAACCUGAUGCCAGGGGACCAGAUCUUGGAAGUGAAUGGGGACAGCCUAGUAGGUGUCACAAGUGAAAGAGCUGUGGAUAUCUUGAGAGCAGCCUCUGCAACCAAUCACAUGCGACUUCUUGUAGCCAGAGAUGAGGAAGCAAAGAGAGAAUUUGCUGAUCUGCUAGAGAAAUAUGGAUCUAAUGGCAGCACUGGAUCAACACGGAACUCUCCGAUCCAGCAAGGAGGUCGCUACCUGGAUAGCACAUCAUCCGGUUCCUCGUCACGCUCCCAGAGUCCUUUGCUGUUGAGCCCAGCAGGCUCUCAGAGUAUGUACAACAACAGUGGGCCCAUGUUGCGCUCCCUCAGUCAUCCAGGUGAAGGGGUGAUUCAACUUAUUUCAAUAGCACGAUCCGGCAGUUUAGGCAUCACCAUUGGAGGAGGUUCCAACAGGCCUGACGGCCCUGCAGUCUUCAUCCAGGAGGUCCUGUCAGGAGGAGACUGUCACCGGGAUGGACGGUUGAGACCGGGAGAUCAGCUCAUUGCUAUUAACAAGGAGUCCUUGAUUGGUGUGACACAUGAAGAGGCCAAAAGCAUGCUAAACAAAGUGAAAUUCAGCCAAGAUACUGCUGUGGACAUAGCCUUCAUCCCGGGUAAAGGACUUUUCCCCAGCAGCACGUCUCUUCACAAUGGGCUCCAGCGAGCCUCGGGCAACAGCUACAACUCUGGACGCUUAAAAGUCCACAUCCGAUCACCCGAGAUCUGUGCAGAGGAGCCAGCCCCACCUUCCUCACCUUCUCCUGACAUCUGUCCUCCAGAUAUUCAUGUUUCAGGUUCAACCAGCCAGAGAUCCCCGACAGGAGCAAAACCUAAGAUAACCCUGGACCCUUACAUUCGCCUCAAAUCAGACAAAUUAGACUUGGCCUUGUCCUUCCUUGGUUUGGAUGUCACAGAAGAGAAGAAGAAGCAGCUGCGACAGAGUCUGACCACAGACCCACAAGGCACCGUGGCCUAUGGAGGUGACGUGCAUGCAAGCAGCACACGUACACUCACUGAUAUGAGCCGCACACAUUUGUAGUCGUGUCAGCUGUUGGGUGGAAGAUCUGUGCUGAGGUCCUGUCAAAUCAUGUGACAGCAGCAUGUUUCUUAUUGGCUGUGUCACUUGUGUAAAAUGUCAGAUUGUGUAACCAGCUGUGACUACAUGUUUCCAGUCGUUUGGAGGGCCAGCGUUUACAUCGUAGGGCUAAAUUCACCUGCGUGUACCUGUUAAUGCUCACUGACAGAAAGGAGGGAUGAUAAAGGGUGUGCAUGAUAUUAAACUGUACAGGCAGCUUAGUCUUUAGACUGCAGGUCAAACAUGAGAUCCCAUCCUGACACAUGCCUCCAUGCCACCAAGCUUCCAGGAUGCUUUUCUGUGACAAAGCAGUUGCUGUAAUGCUGAUGACAGCCGCACAGUUUGAGUGUGUAGGGUCCUAUAGGUGAGCUGAGGAACAUGAAUGCUGCAGUGAUGAGUCACCUGACAGGCAGGUUGUUCAGCGUCUCGAAGAACAGAUCAGGUCUGUUGCCUUUUCAUGUAACUCUGUGAUGCUGAGGAGCGUACGACAAAGUAAUGGCUUAAAGAUGUAUGUUACACCUAAAGUCAGUUUUCAGUGUGACAAAGAAGCUUUUUAACCUCGCCACACAACUGUAGUAACUGCCGCAGGUGAUAUUCAGAUGCACACUGAUGCACACUGCUGAGCUAUACCUCAGAAAUACCCCUGACUAAAGCUAUGCAGCCACGUCAUAGCAGUGCAGUGUCUGUCCUGUACAGUCAAAGAGAAGAUGCAGAAAGUGCAUAAAUGUGUUUCUGCCGUGUCUGGUUUCUGGAGCGUUGACCCAGCGGAGGGUCUUUGGAUAUUUGGGCUCGCUGUUGUUGUCAGUGCUUUUCUUUUAUGCUUUUGUGACACACACUA